AUGUACCGGAGGAUGGACCAGACAAAGAGGCCGUGGUUAAAUAUGCAAAUAAAUGAGCAACACCUCCUCGAAUCCACCGGCUCAUCUUACGCUUCCAUUGUGAGUAAUCUGAAGGCGACACCUUCCAAGAACAACGGUAUCAUGGACAUCUUGAAGAGCUCGCUUGAGAAGAAUGACGAGAUUGAGAAAGAGGUCGAGGGGCAGAUUGCCGAGCUUGAAGAUGAGAUUAGUGACCUUCAGGGUCAAAAGAAGCGGAAGGCUCCUGUUCGUCAGCGUUCAGCAUCUUGGGAUCCGGCGCAGUUGGAGCGUGAUAUAGGUCUUGGCUCUUCGGUACAGCCUGAGGGUAUGGAUGAUGGAUGGUCUUGGAGUUGGUUCUUAAUAGCGUACACGAAAAUGAGAGACAAUUUUAUCAAAGAAAGCAUUGUCACGGUCAAAAGCAGCGGGUCGUUUAUGAACGGGAAUGAAUCACCCCAUGCAAAUUCGUCACCUCAGAAGAACCAAUCUGCAUCUGACCCAGCAGCGGUCUCCUCGAAGGCUGUUGAAUCAUGA